AUGGCAGCAGGAAACACAGAGAUGACCGAGCCAACCCUCCCCGAAACUUACAAUGCAUUCUUCUACGGCACUCUCAUGGCCCCCGAAGUUCUCUACCGCGUGAUCUACGGUGCCUCCAAUCAUCCUUCUACUUCUCUAACCAUCACUCCCGCCCUUCUCCAUGACUACUGUCGACACCGUGUUAGAUUCGCUGACUAUCCGGCCAUAAUCUCCGAACCAGGUCAUACUGUCCGUGGUACCUAUGUAACCGGUCUUACGCCCUCCAACAUGCGCAAUCUUGAUUACUUUGAAGGAUCUCAAUAUGAGCGAAAAGUAGUCACUGUAAAGAUCCUGACUCCAAAGGAUAAAGAACAUGUACACGGUGUCAAUGCAAUCAUGGCCGAAGCUGUUGAAACAGGAGAAGAGAAAGAAGCUCAAACAUAUGUCUUUACAGAUUUGGAUGCUUUGGAGAAAGGAGAAUGGGAUUUCGAAUUCUUCAGGAGAGAGAAAUUGAGAAAUUGGGCGGAUGAAAGCGAGGAGUAUGCCGAAGUUGAUGCGAAGGCUGCGAAAAGUAACGAGAGCGAAAUUGGGAUUCAUGAUUUCCUUGAUCAACCAGAUCCUACUGGCGGGCGGGGCAUCAAAACGGAUAUGGGAAAGGAGUUAAGGGAGUUGGCGGAUAAAAAGAGAGAGGAAGAAUGGAUUUUGGAGGAAAAGAAGAGAAUAGUAAGAGAGAGGUCGAAGUGCCAAUGCACUAUCAGAUAA